AUUAUCAGAAACAACAUCACUUGUACAGCUACACUUUAGAGUAUCUUCUACAGGCGAUGCUUAUUGCAGCAAUUGUUGCAGCUGCAACUUUUAUGGCAUAAGCUCAGGUUGUGCACUAGCUAUUUUCUUCAGCUCCUUACAGGAAACGGAACCUCCAGUGCAUCAGUCUGCAAAAUGUGCAAAUGAUAAUACAAUGGCUUCUCUGGCAACCGCCGAAGUCUGUGACUCAAACGCGUCUGUCUUAGCAAGGGGCGACCUGCGCGUGCUGCAUCCGGUAUUCCAGAUAUAUGGCCAGAACAGAACGUUCUCGGGUCCCAUUGUCACUGUCAAGGUGUUUGAGGACAACGUCCUGGUUCGGGAGCUGCUCGAAACCAGAGGCCAAGGGAGAGUGUUGGUCAUCGAUGGCGGAGGAAGCUUGAGAUCUGCACUGAUGGGUGGGAUCAUGGGACAGUUGGCUCAGAACAUGGGAUGGGCUGGCAUUGUUGUGAAUGGCUGCAUUAGAGAUGUGGACGAGAUCAACGAGUGUUCGAUUGGCGUCAGGGCCUUGGCCUCGAAUCCCGUGAAACCGGGCAAGAAAGGGGUCGGGGAAAAGCAUGUCCCUCUCCACAUCGCGGGCACGCUGAUCCGCGAAGGGGAAUGGUUGUAUGCAGAUAGCGACGGGAUUCUCAUCUCCAAAAACGAACUGUCUGUCUGAAGCUUGAAGAGAGCUUUUUCUAGGGAGCAUGAUUCAACGUGAAAUUGAACUUUGCCAAUUUGUUUUCUUCUCUCAUUGAUUUACGCAUUUGGUAGUGGCCUAAGCCAGAGGGCAAGAACUUCAAGUUUGUUGUUACGUGCUGUCUGUCGUAAAACACUCUCAAUGAGAGCUGGAAUAAACCGAAAAUGAAGUUUCUCAA